AUGUUAUCUCUGGCGCAGCAGGUGCGUUUCUUGGGCGAUGAGCAAAUCGUGUGCGAGAGCAGCGCCGCGAUCAUCGCCGUCCCUGGCCUCAGUGCACAUCCGUAUCACACAUGGGAGGCUCAGAAAACCCAAGGACCCAACGCAGCUGAAUGUCAAACCGCACAGUCCUCGAAGGUUCACCUGCUCAAAGAUCUCCUCGCGCACGAUUUUCCUGACGCCAGGAUCUGGAAUUCUGCUCAUGAAUCCAGCUGGCUGAUUGACGCCCCUGUCAAGACCACCGAGGAGAUUGGCAAAUGCCUGCUCAAGGAGAUCCAGGACAAGCGACCAUCCCCCUCCCUCCCUAUCAUCUUCAUCGGCCAUAGCCUAGGUGGUAUCAUUAUCAAGCAGGCUCUGUGCACGGGUGACUCCCAAGAUAUCGUUGAUAGUACCGCGGGUAUCAUAUUCCUUGGAGCGCCGCAUCAAGGUUCAUCAGUGUCUAUUGCUGGCGCUGCGCUGGCCGCUCUGACCGGUUUUCUGGGAUCAGACACGACACUGCUCCUGUCUCUGAAGAAUCAUGGGGCCCAGCUCAGCAACCUUGCGGAUACAUUCGACUCUCGUAUAGCACCGAACGUACGCCGAGAGCGCAAGGUUCCGAUCACAUCAUUCUACGAGACUAAGAAGACGUAUCUGCUCGGGCUAUCGCUAGGCGUAGUGGUUUCACGGGAUUCUGCCAAGGUCCAUGCCGAUGCCCGCGAGAGCCACAGCAUCGAAACGGAUCAUUCUGGGCUCAACAAGUGCGGCGGGCCGACUGAUCCGCUGUUCACGGCGCUGGCAGCGGCGAUACGACGCCUGAAGACCCCAUCGCUGCUCGAGCAAGUCGACACAUGGAUACGCGACAAACACUACACGGCGGACAGGCUCAGAAUAGAACGGCUCUCGGGCGAGUCGCUGUCUAUGGAUCAGUGCUACAUCAACUUAGCCAUCGUGGAACAAUCCGGCCAAGACGCAGGCCACUCAAAGAAGGGGGACACAGCGCCAUCCCCAUUUUCCAUCCUCUCUCGGCAGAAGGUUGAGGCGCCCGACAAGACUAUGCAGGUCGAGUUGGCGGCACUUUUCAACGAACGCAACGGAAGCGACGGCCAACCGAUUCUCCCACGACGAAUCUUGAUUCGGGGACGUGCGGGUGUUGGCAAGACUACCUUGUGCAGAAAGAUUAUCCACGAAUUUUACAAAGGCACGCGCAAUGCACCGACGUACAUCCUUGAAGAUCUGUUCUGCCAUGAGUUCUUGCUGCCUAAGAAUGAACCAAACCUCGCUAGAGCGUUGGUCCGCGCAUUAGAAAGCAAGAGCAGCAAGACAUUAUUUCUCCUCGACGGCCUGGACGAAGUAUCGCAGGACCUCACGGGCGAUGGCAGUAUGCCCCGCUUUCUCGACGAGCUUUUAAGGAAGCCUAACGUCAUCAUCACCUCCCGACCAUCCGCCAAGCCUGUGCGGCAAAACCUGCACCUCGAAUCAGAAACAAUUGGAUUCGGCCCUGAUCAGGUGGAUGAAUAUAUCGAAAAAUCGUUCACGAACCCCAAAACGGCCAAGACUGAUCAGUCCAAAGUCGACAAGGUCCAGUCGUUCCUGCAAAAGCAUUGGCUCGUUCAGGGUCUUGUGCGUAUCCCAAUUCAAUUGGACGCGCUUUGUUACACUUGGGAAAGAUCCGAAAGCUGUGCCAAGCACCAUGACCGGCAUGUAUAA